AUGUACGAGCAGAAUCAGACGACAGUCAAGCAGUCUGGCAAGUUAUAUGCGCAUGACGCUACGCUCCUGAUUUUGGUAGCGCGGCCAGAGAUUGUUUUCGGAAGCCCGUUGGCGGUUGUCCACGUUGGGUUUAGUGGAGAAAUGUUUACUGGCAGUAAUCAUGAUCUCCUUCUCCCAGAGAACGUUCUUUCCCUUGUUCCGACAUUUCCUCUCUACUGGAACGCAGCAACCAUCGCACCCAUGACCGCCCAUCCAGGCGAAAGCAUCACAGUCGAGCAAUUGGCGGACCACACUACCCUACAGUCGUUAUGGGUCGCGGUUCACGGUGUUGUAUACGACUUGACAGCCUUCAGCUCCGACCACCCUGGCGGCAUUGAGGCACUCGAAAACUGCGCAGGAACUGACGGUACCGAGGCGUUCGAGUAUGCCGGCCACAGCGAAGGAAAUAUCGCCAAUAUGCAACAGUACCGCGUCGGCAGGCUUGUCGGAAGCCGUGGACGAGCUGGUGCAAGUUCGCACCAUCCUCGAAAUGCAACUAGGAAGCAAAAUCGGAGUGGUGCACUCGGUAUCAACUGGCCCAUUGUCUAUCCAUGGGCGAAACCGGCAGUGACGCUAUUGACUGCGUACGGUGCAAUGGUUCUUUCAUACCGCCACCUUCUCCCAAGAUUUGGAAACUUUCAGGAUAUACUCCCAAUGAACGCCGACCUACAACCUGGACAUGGAGUCUUGACAGGGAUUGCAAUUGCUUCAUCACUCAGCUUCCUUGGUUUUAGAUACCUUGAUGGGCUAUUUCUGUCGUCUUUUGACUAUCAGAAUGAUGUAUUUAGUUUUCCACCCACCAUACCAAGAAAGACCCGAAGAUAG